UGCAUUUUUAUAAAAACAAUCGCAGUUCAAAAUGAUGAAUCCAGCAGCGAUGUCAAAAUAGAAUGCUCAAUAUUAGACAAUCACGAUUUACUGGUACAAGAGAGUAUAAAGAGAAAUUCCUUUCUACAUAAAUUACAAGUUUAUGGUCCAAUUGUUCGUUUCACUGAUUUACCAUCAAACGAUUCAAUUUGCGGUGGUCACGUGGUUGUAAUUGAAAUUUUUGCCACUGAUAAAAUUAUCAUUGACGAUGAUUAUAAUUCAUUGGGUGAGGAUAUAACAUUUAUUGUAGCAGCGCCAGUAAUAGAGGUUAUUGAUGAACGAAGAAUUAAUUUGAGGGGUCGCGAUGGUGGUUCACAUGAACGGCAAAAUGCCUACAAUGGAAAUCCAAAUGGAAAUAGAAAUGGCAAUAAUGGCUUGGCUGGAAUUCCAGGCGGUCCCGGCGCAUAUUUUUACGGAAUCGCUAACGAUGUUAUCAACUUUGACCACCUAACUGUGAGAGUUCAAGGUGGUAAUGGCGGACCCGGACAAAAUGGCGGCCACGGAAUGUCCGGCAUCACAGGCACAACAUUUGAUUUAUCGAAGGACAAAAUCAAACGCAAUGGCGAUAUUGAAGGUCACGAUGUGAUUUUACGCCGCAUUAUUCAUCCAUCGAAUAAUGAAUUAUUCUUGGGCAAUGGAACGCAGGAAGUCGUUCUUGGCCUUAAGGGGACAAAUGGCGGCGACGGUGGUAAUGGCGGUGUCGGUGGGCAAGGGGGAUUUCCCGGUGUCUAUGCAUUUCUCGAUUUAAAAAUUCAAAAUUGCGAGAGAAAGUCAAUAUUCCGUGAAGUGAGUCCCGGACGUAAUGGCCGCGAUGGAAUAGGUGGAAGGGGUGGGGUGGCUGGCUAUCCAGGAAGUGAUAUUAUUCUCGAGCUCUAUUUCACUCAAGGCGAUGAUGUUUUAAUUAGAAAUAAGGAAUAUCACGAGCAACAGGAAUUAUUGGAUGGACAAAAUGGAAUGAAUGGAAAGUCAACCAAGGGCGAGAGAAAACCCCAUGAGCAUCCACAUUGGCAAAAUUUCCUCUAUACAAUCGAUCGCUUUCAUGAUUUUCUAAAGACAAAUGUUGAAAUGAGUAAGAAUAUUGAAACAUUGCAUAAAGUUAUACCGAAUGUUAAUCGACUUAUUAAUAAUAUUUCAUGUAUGUUGUCGUUGAUUGAGUGAUAUUUAUUUAUUUAUUAAACUGAAUAAAUUUUAGACAAUUUAUUAUAUCAUUAAAUUUUGACUAAUUAAUCAUUUUCAUAAAUUGCUUAAAAGUACUUUCUAGGCGAAGGAGGAAGGGUGGGGGUUUUAAGGUACCUGCUACAAUUAGUAGAAAGUAUGGCGUUAAUGUAUAAAAUAGGGUAAAGUCCCAAAUGCGACACUUAAGCUGCGUUCACACUGACCUUUAUGGAACUUUAUGAAUGACUCCAUUAGUAUUAUA